AUGGCAGAACAGGAGAACCACUAUGGCUUUGACGAGGGCGGAGACGACGACCAGUCCAUUGUGUCGACGCGCGGGCUUGAGGCUUUCAGUCGCAAGGUCACAACCACAGCGACGCAUCUGAUCGGCCCCAAUGCCGAAGCUACGGCUCUCCACUAUCAAGCCGCAAUGGCCGAGGUUCAGAAGCAGAUGAAGCGCCCGACGGUCCAGCGAAGCAUGUUCGCAAUGGCAAGGACGACGCCCACCGACAUAAUGCGCUCCAGGCUCUCGACCCACGAGAUCCAGCACCGCGCCCUCACCUAUCUCCCCGACGAGCUUCUUGCCAACAUCCCCGACCAUGAAAACCCUUACUCGCUGUUUCAGGGCUUCCAGGCUAGCUUCCCCGAGCUGACCGAGGAGGGCAAGAAGUUUCGCCGUCGGGUCUCGCGAGGCCGCAAGAUGAUUGAGGAUUCAGACGCUGUGCCGGGAAGCCCCAAGCGGCUGACCCAGCUGAAAAAGGAGAAGGCCGCCAUGAUGCACGAGUUUGGUUUAUUGGGCACCCGCAAGAGCAUGGCGAGCUACGAGAUUCGGGAAAUCGACAACAAGAUCGCCAACCUCCACGGCAUGCGCAGAAUCAUCCUAGAGAGACUGGCUGGGUUAGAGCAAGACGAGGCAAUGCUGGAACACGACAUUUCCGAGAUGGAGGUGCGGGUAGAGGAAGCCCAAGCUCUGGUUGAUGAGGCAGAGGAAAUUGCGAGGAACACGCGAACCAAGGAUGAGCAGGAUCUUGUUGGCGACGCCGAUGAUCAUGACCACGAGUUCAUGUCACAAUCCGUCUAUGAAAAGAUUCCAUCUUCAACAGGAAGCACUCCCCGGAAAGCGAAAAAGGUCCUGCGCAAAAAGUCAAUGCCGAUUCUGCACGAGCACUUUGAGCCUGGAACCAGCAUCCGGGAAGUCAGAGCACACAAGGACACUAUCACGGCGGUCGACUUCGAUGCGCCUUUUGGCACAAUGGUAACGGCUGCACUAGACGACACGGUAAGGGUUUGGGAUCUCAACGCUGGCCGGUGUAUGGGUUACUUGGAAGGCCACACAGCAUCGGUACGCGCUCUGCAGGUUGAGGAUAAUAUCUUGGCUACGGGAUCUAUGGACGCAACUAUCAGACUAUGGGAUCUCAGCAAGGCCCACUAUGACCCUCAUGGAGGACUCGGAAAGGACGACGAGGAGGAUGCCAUCGCGUUCGGUACGGACAACCACCUGGAGCCUCCGGACGGCAGCAUGUCCGACUGUCCGCUGUACACGCUAGAGGCUCACGUCGACGAGAUUACGGCUCUUCACUUCCGGGGGGAUGUCAUGGUUUCCGGUUCUGCAGACAAGACAAUCCGGCACUGGGACCUUGAAAAGGGUCGCUGCGUGCAAACAUUGGAUGUCAUGUGGGCAGCGGCAGCAAGCAUGACUUCUACAGACAACACAUGGAGGCCUACUGGACGAUCUCAGUCAAGUUCCGCCGACUUUGUCGGGGCUCUGCAGGUCUUUGAAACGGCUCUCGCAUGUGGUACCGCCGACGGCAUGGUGCGUCUGUGGGAUCUCCGAAGUGGACAGGUCCAUCGCAGUCUGGUUGGCCACACGGGAGCGGUGACUUGCCUGCAGUUUGACGACGUGCACCUGGUGACGGGAAGCAUAGACAGAAGCAUCAGAAUCUGGGACCUCCGAACAGGAUCUAUUUACGACGCAUACGCAUACGACCACCCCGUGACAAGCAUGAUGUUUGACACACGGCGCAUCGUCAGCGCAGCGUCCGAGGACGUGGUCAAGGUGUACGAUAAGGUGGAAGGACGGCAAUGGGACUGCGGCGCUGGCGUCACGGCGGCCGAGGACGGCAAGUCUCCAGCUAUCGUGGAGCGUCUCCUUGCCGCGUACUUGGAUGUGGCUUGCGACCUCACACAACAUGGUCUUGAGGAGUCGACAAGGAGCACGUCAACACCCCAGGAUGGAGAUGAUGACUCCAAGGACCUCUCAAGUGACAAGGCUAGUCGCAUUGAGGAUGGUUCAAAUACCUCAGACCCAACGGCAGAAGCCAUGAUGCGGCUUCUCGCGCGACAAGCCCAUGUGCUCCUCAAGAUUCAUAAGAACUUAGCCUCCAACAACGACGCCCACGAGGUCGACGAGAGCCUACUGCGGAGAAGAAUAUCAGACCUUAUAUCCAUCUCAUCAUCCAAGUUCUACGCUUAUCGCUUUGAUCUACUGCCCGCCGUGUGGCGCGAGAUCUACACAGACGCGCUCAUCCUCGACACCUUUCGACUGAUACUACGUCCUCUCCUGGCGUCACAGUCUGUUCCAGAAGAUGUUCUAGACGUAAUCGUCGAGAAACUCGAUAGAGCUCUCGUCACAGCAGGAGGUGGGCGACGCAGUCAGUGGCUCGAAAAGACUCUCCAGUUGCUUGAGGAGACUUGGGCAGCGAGCAAACAGCAUGAGCGACCAGCCAAGCGCCAGAGACGAGAAGCCUCACCGCAGCGUAGCUUCUCCAGCGAGGAGCCAUAUGGGCGGCCGAAACUGUCUCCCGAAAGAGCGUGUCCGCGCUAUUCUGGCUGGACGAUGGAGCAGUUUGAGGACUACAUGAACAGCAACGGAGGAGAACCUCGGCCGAUUGUCUUUACUGACCUCAUUGGGAGCUGGCCUGCCCUUACAGAUCGCCCCUGGAAGAGCCCCGAGUAUCUCCUAUCCAAGACGUUUGGCGGAAGACGUCUCGUGCCGGUUGAAGUCGGGAGGAGCUACGUCGACGAAGGUUGGGGCCAGGAACUCAUCCAAUUCCGCGAGUUCCUCGCCCGCUACGUCGAGGUAGAUUCUACAGCAUCUGCAGCGACUGGCUACCUCGCCCAGCAUAAUCUCUUCCAGCAGAUCCCCUCUCUACGCAACGAUAUCCGUGUGCCCGACUUUUGCUGGGUUGAUGUGCCUCUUCACCCAACGACACCAUCCAUCGACCAGGCGCCCCUCGACGUUCCUCAGCUCAACGCCUGGUUCGGUCCUGCACGUACUAUCACGCCUCUGCACACUGAUGGGUAUCAUAACCUGUUAUGUCAGGCUGUCGGUACAAAGUACCUACGUCUCUAUCCUCCGCGUGCUACGCCUAUGAUGCGGCCCAGGUCACCAGAGCAUGGUGUAAACAUGAGCAACACGAGCGGGUUGGAUGUUGGUGUUCUGGAAGGAUGGGAUGAAAGACCCGAGGGGGUUAGUGAGGAAGACGUAAGGCGGAUGACAGAGGAGUUGGGGGGCGUUGAGUACUGGGAGUGCGUGCUUGAGCCGGGGGAUACGUUGGUGAUUCCAAUCGGAUGGUGGCAUUAUGUGCGGAGUUUGAGUGUGAGCUUCAGUGUGAGCUUCUGGUGGAACUAG